AUGGGACAAUUGGCAGCGAUGUGGAUAUUUCUGAUCGGCAUUACGCUGUCGAAUAUCAUCACAUUAACAUUUGGCCAAAACCAAUGUGAAGCAGGGGGAUUUCAACAUAGCAAUAACAUAUGUUACCACUACGAUGCGACACAGUUAGAAUGGGAAAGUGCUGAAACGGCUUGUAAUUCUUAUUCAAACGGACAACUAGCGGUAGUUGACUCUGCCGACAUUGCAGGGUUCAUUGACACAACUGUGAGCCCUACUGGUGAUUACUGGAUUGGAUUAACAAAGCCAAAUAACAAUGAUGAGUGGAUAACCGGCGAUGCAGUUACAUGGGCAAGUUGGGGAAGCGCACAACCAGACUCCGGGGCAGGUGCGUGCGUCCGCAGCACAGACAGUAUGCAAUCUAAUUGGGAAACAGCCGGAUGCAGCGAGCUACAUCCUUUUGUUUGUGAGCAAGAAGGAACAGGUGGAAGUUGUGGCACAGACUGGGAUACAUAUGGAAGUAGCUGCUAUCUACUGAGUGGGUGGAAAUCACUUUCAAGCAGAUCUUGGGCAGACGCACAAACCUAUUGUGAGAGCCAAGGAUCUCACUUGGCAGUGGUGACAACAUCGUUAGAAAACACCGAACUGGCAGUUUGGGAGUAA